GUGAACUCACACCUCUCAGCUGACUGAAGUGUUAACUUAACUCUCAGGUCAACUCAGAGAAGAGAUGAAAUGUGAAAUAUAUGAAGAGUACAUUUUGGCGGCAGUGUCCGCGUUGAAAGAGAAGAACGGGUCCAGUAAUUCGGCGAUUGCGAAGUACAUUGAGGAUAAUCAUUCUGUGCCGCCGAAUUUUCGGCGCAUCUUGGCGUCUCGAUUGAGGUCCCUUACCGAAGAGGGUAAAUUAAUUAAGCUUAAGCAGCUGUAUAGGCUGAGCGAUGCAAGUUUUGCGUCAAGAACGGGAGAGAGGCCGUCAAAGAUCCCACGAAGAGAGAACCAGGACGGGGCGACUGCGGCGCGGCGCACACCUCGGCCUCCGAAGGAUUUCGGUAAAAUCGCUGUGAAAGGCGCAAGAAGUGAUGUGAUUCUCAAGGGUCCUAGAUUGGUGAAAGCGAAGCCAGACUUUCUCUCUGUGAGGGCAACGUCGAUAACAGCGGAAGAAGCGGCCAGGGUUGCCGCCCAGGCUGUUGCAGAAGCAGAAGCAGCUGCGGCGGCGGCGGAGCAAGCAGCACGAGCUGCGGAGUUGGCUGAGGCAGAAGCGGAAGCCGCAGAAGCGGCGGCAGAAGCUGCCGCGGCCGCCGUUCGACCGCCAAAGAAGAGGACAAAUGCAAAGCUAAAGCCUUGACGCAAAAUUGACGUGGUCUGUAGAAGAGACCAAUCCCAACAUUUUUGUUGGCCGCCACGGCAGAUGUAAGGCACGAGAGAGAGAGAGAGAGAGAGAGAGAGAGAGAGAGAGAGAGAGAGAGAGAGAGAGUUGGUAUGACCUAGUGGGCAUGGACAUUGCAGUGGGCUGAUUUUUUGUCCAUUGCAAGCUUAGUACUGAUGGCGAAAUGCUCAGGACAUGUUUGCACUAUGGAAGGCUCAGGACAAAUUGUUCCUAGCCGAUGUGACGACCUCCAGUACAGCUGGCGAUCUCAUCUUGUGAUGAUGAUGGGGAUGGUAGUAGCUGUCGUCAGAAUUGGUGGGGAUUCUCCCUCCACCCCUCGAGAGCCUUGAUAUUCCUCUAAAGGUGCACCGGAGACGGAUACACGAGAAGAACACUGAUGAAUGAAUGGGCUGUGUAAUCCUUGUUCGUUGCAUGUGGUCAAAAUCGGCGAUAUCUGGCUCAACAACAAGCCCGAUGCCUUGACAUCUGCAGCAUCUCAACAGCCCGCGUGUAUCUUUGUGUGUUGCAUCUGCAGCAACACAAGGUCUCAUUCCUGAGAUUUGGGCCACAGUGCAUUUGAUCUGCAAGCAGUUGGAGAAUGCAUUUCAGAGCUUUCAGCAGUUGGAAGGUGGAAGUCACAACAUAGCAUGUGGAUGAGGAAAGUUUGUACCUUUUGCUCCGGUCGACCCUGUGAUCAAUUGAACCGGCGAUCUCUGCCUCAAUAACGAGCCCGCCGAUGCCUUAGCGUCUGCAGCAGCCGUUACUCAGUAUUUCUACAUGGGGAAGCUCUGACGAAUAAGCUGAAGACCUGAAGCAGGUUCUGGGUAUCUGGCCCAAACAGCCUUCUUCUCUACAAGUCAUGCGGCAGUUUGUUGCUAUUGGAUGCCCAAGCAGAAAAAAGUGUGCCGAACGACGAAAUGGUCUCUCCGUUUGUUGAGGAGUGCGGGCCUGUCUGCGAAUCGGGAAACACACUUGCUUGGUGAGUCUUUGUUCACAUGAAGAAUUGGAAACAAUCUGAAAAUUUUGGAGAAUCUGACGAAGCAUCUGCUGAAGAAGAAAUGAACAAUCACAUGAAGAAUCUGAAGAAUCCGAAUACGAUGUGGCUGCUCAAUUGCGUGUGCAACCUGGUCAGCUGUUUGCUUGCACUGGCUAUCUGAUUACAAUAGAUGCAGACUCUAGCGAUGAUGAGCAGAUUUAGACGCUAGCGAUGCUGAGCAGAUGCAGACGCUAGUGAUGCUGAGCGGAUUUAGACGCUAGCGAUGCUGAGCAGAUGCAGACGCUAGCGAUGCUGCGCAGAUGCAGACGCUAGCGAUGCUGAGCAGAUGCAGACGCUAGCGAUGCUGNCGAUGCUGAGCAGAUGCAGACGCUAGCGAUGCUGAGCAGAUGCAGACGCUAGCGAUGCUGAGCAGAUGCAGACGCUAGCGAUGCUGAGCAGAUGCCGACUGCCAUCGGCCAGUCGUGUAGCUGUCUGUUGCAUUGGCAGUAAUGCAUCAGGCUGUCGAUCGAUCGUAGAACUGGGCGUUCGCAACACAAGGAUUGGAAAGUUCAGGCUAGAUGAAGCAACAAUUGGGCGCCGGAGCCGUUUGAUUUCACUCGUUAUGUAAUCACAGCUGACUCUGACGCUGACUCUGACGCUGAUGCUGACGCCAAGGUACACCGAUCAGUGUACUUCUCUUACCUUGCAUGUCCCUUGGUCUUUCCUCUCUCUCUCUCUCUCUCUCUCUCUCUCUCUCUCUCUCUCUCUCUCUCUCUCUCUCUCUCUCUCUCUUUUGCACCCCAUGUGUGUGCAAACAUAUGCAUAAUUCUGUGCUUAGUAGCGGAAACCACAUUGUGGUGAUUAUCGAUGAUGAUGUCUGGUUAUCACACAGUGACACAUCACUCUGUACUUUAGUGACUUGCCCCUCUUGGGUAAUUUAUAUUGUAGGCGAUGCGGCGACAGAGAAAUAGGUGACGUUGAUACUGUCUUUUCAGCAUCAAAUGUGGCGGGUGCUGCCUCCUUCACUGUAGCAUGGGGCCACCUUCCGGUUCACCUGUUCUGCGAUUCCUCCUUGUCUACAGUUCCUUGCUCCUCGCCGUGGAACAAGGAACAGGGUAAGGGGAGAAGUUACUGUUGGCCAGAGGAAAGUCGCCGCACGUUUGUUUGGGUGCCAAGAGCACACAUACGGCGGUUCGUGCCCUGGACCCCCAUCCUGGUUGGUCUUCCGGUGCUUGAUUCGUACAUUUUGGUCCCUCAAGCAUUAGACUCUUGACUCUUGAGUUACAUAUCCAAUAACUUAGCCAUAAAUAUCAGAUAAAGGAUUGGUAAAAUAUGCGUAUGAACCGGAGUUGUCCCUCUUAGUAGCAUUAUGAUUCAUCCAGAAAGAUAAGGAGUGGUCCGUGGAUGGAGAAUGGAUGGGUGAAAAGGAUGGGUGAGAAGGAGUGGUCCAGAAAGGAUGGGCGAAAAGGAUGGGUGAAAGAUAAGGAGUGGUCCGUGGACGGAGAACGGAUUACAGAUCUAUCGAUCCGUAGAAAGUGCGAAAGGAUUCACUCUGGAAGAUUCUGGUGCGUCAGCGUAAUUGUUUUAUGCCGUCUUCAUUCCAGUUAGUCGGCACUGCGACUAGAGAUCCUACAAUCGUAGCAAAUUUCUGUCAUGCCUCCCCGUCUCAAAGGCCCAACCCGGCUCCCUCCCUGUCGUCCUCCUCAUUUCUCGGGUCGGUUUCCCUCUCUUCUGUGAUUGGACAUGCCUCUUUGACCUACCGUCUUCACGCGAAUAGAACACAUGGUCAUAUAUAGCUGUAUUUGGUGCAACUUUCAGUCCAUAUGCAGUGAUAAUGACCGGGCGUUCGAUUCGGGUGAAGACGGUAGUCUUUCUGUUCUGUGAUUGGGAGAGCAGUAGGAUCCCGGCCGGGUCCAAUUGACUUGAAUCGUAUGUUGGUUGUUCCUCCUCCUUGGGUCCAUGUUGACAAGGUGAUGUCCUUGGGAAGGGGUCUGCAGGUAUAAGGGACCUGCGAGAAGAGAGAUUGGCAUUUGCUUGACGAAUCGCCCACCGUCUA